AUGAACAAAAAAAUCAAACAAAGCCACGCUAAAGGCUUAAAUCUUGCAAGAGCCCUUUCAAAUCCAGAGAUUUAUACAAAUGUUCAGCCAUCUGCUUCAAAACGCAGCCCUUCGACAUGAAGUAUUGAUACAAUUACCCCAGAUACAACCCCCACGUCUAAAGGCCCAACUAAGCCAGUCCACAUCUUGAAUUUACAAAUCCCAGUCAACAUUUCGCCUACUUCAAAGUGCAAAAGCACUCGAACCCCAAAAGUUUGCGAGCUUAACUUCCAUAAAUCAAACAGGAUUUUGCAAAAAGAAACCACGACAACCCGUAAUAAAGUAACUUCUGAGUAUUCGAAAACGGAAGAAAUUCUGAGGGUCAAAGAACAAAAUUCUAUGUUACAAAAAACAAUUCUAGAGCUGAUGGGAGAAAUUGAAAAAACUAAAAAAGAAAGCGAAAAAAUGAAGGAUGAUGAAAAAAGGAUGAAGGAAUUAACGUCACUGAUUAAAAAAAUUGCAAAAGAAAAUGAAGAAUUGAAAAAGAAAGGGAAAAUAGUUGGAAAAACUAAAAGACAUAUUGAAGAGAUGAUGGAUGGGUUUAAAGAGCAGUUUUCUAAAUAUUUGUCAGCAAGGGAAAGUGAAGGAUAA